AAAUUUUAUUUCCCACCCAAUGUAGGAUGCAAUAUGACAGAGGAAAUAGCAUUGGUCAAGAAAAAGAUUUAUGAUGACAUAGUAGUUAACAAGGCAGAAACAGUGUAUGAUCCAGACAGUUUUAGAGAGUUUUGCAUAUCAGCGGGUGCAACAAAGUUAUUCGACACUAUUCUGGAUUCAGUCACUGGUUCUCGGCAUUCCACAGACCGCAUACAUCUAAACAAAAAAAGGGUUGUUUCAUUCAUUUACAAUUUGUGCUACUGCCUCAGCCAAACAUGCAAUCCUCUUCAAAUGGAUCAUGCUCUUUAUCUCAAGAGUAAUCUCAUAAAUCAAGAGGGCAUUGAAACAGAACAUAUCAUGGGGCAUGCAUGUUCCAGAAGAACUUUAAACAAUGUUAUGCACAAAAUGUCACAGUCUCAUUUCAAAUCUUUUGAAGAUUUUAUAACCACAGCUACAGAUCGCAAAUGGCUAAUAGUGCUAAUAAUUGAUGAUUUCACAGCUAUUCACACAAAAAGAAGACCACAAGAGGAAAAAUUGUCAGAGGCAAAGACAAUGUGUACCAUAGUUGUCAAAGCUUUUAAAGAUAUUCCAGCUGUACCUGUAACGCAUGCCCUUUGUACUCAUGACCAAAAUGGUAUAGAUAUUGAAGCAUGCAUACAACUAAUUACUGCUGCAUCAUCCAUGCACAACAUCAGUGAGAGUUAUGCUUCUGUGAUGCCUGACUGGCUCACCAACGCAUUUUUUAAUCCUGAAUUUGAGAGACAUAGAAUCCACAUUCAUCAAUACUGUGACAGUGACAAUAAAGUAACAAUGCGCAAAAUGGAUGAUUUGCACCUAUUAGAUUUUGUAGAACUGAGACUGAAGUCAAAGGGGGACUUUGAUACUGCCUAUGAUGUAGCAAUGCACACUGGCUUGGCUGCUUAUUUAAAGAAAUUUAUUGUUUUUCAGCCAGGAGAUUGGCCAUGCCAAUUUUAUUGUAGACAAAUCAUAUACGAAUCACUUAAGAAAUUUGUCAGCUCUCAUCCAGGAUUUUCAGACACUCCUCUGCAACAGGACAAUAUUUUACCUGAUCAUUCCUCGUAUUCUUUUCCAAUGACAUCUGGUACUACUGACAAUCUCUUGAACAACAGCUUGCCACAAGCAACAUCACAGUCAUCCAUUCUGUCAUUAGUACCAACUAUUGGGCCACUUCACAUUUCUCUAAACAGCAGAGAACACAUUGUUCAUUCCUAUCAUCCAUUUUUCAAAACAGUUUAUGAAACAAUUUUCCCAAGAAGCAAAUUUGCAGAUAAUCCCAAACCCUGGAGGAUUAGUCUGAUUCUUGAGAUUGUUUAUGGUGGUUGGACACUUAUACGCCGCACUGUGAUGUCAAAGUUCUCCCGCUUCAAGGAUGCAGAGUAUGGGACCCUAUUCACUUUACUAGACAGCUAUAUACCUUUGGUGUUGUCGAUAUAUAGCAUUUCUUUCAAACUUAACAAUUUCUCUGAGUAUUUUCGAGCAAUGAUCAGGAUUUGGAUCAUGUUUACUUGCCUUCAACGCAGGCACUAUAACAAAGCACCACUUAUUUGGAUCAACAUGUGCUCUCACUGGGGAAAACAUGCUCCACAACUGUAUAAUAUACUAAGGAAUUACAUUGCCAUUUUUGAUGAAUAUCUUGUGGAAAACACUCAUAGCAUACUCCAUUCAUUGACAAAAGGUUCUGAUUCUGCUGAUGAACUUAGAAAGAGAGCAAAGUCCAUUUUCCAGUCAAAGGGUAAACAAUCAGACUACAGGUCAUUUUUCAUCACAACUAGGCAGUUUUCUUUCUCACACAACCAACUUCGCUUACUAAAAGUGAGAUGCACUCAAGCACUGUCCUCCAUGUUUAUAAAAAUCUCUCAGAGUCAAUUCUCCUCAAACAACAGCUGCAACACAAGUGUUCCAACUCAUGUCAUACUGCCAACAAUGUCCCCCAACAAAAAUAUGAAGAUGACUGUUUACCUUUAGGGUAUCACUGAUAUCAAGCCAGAUCAAACAAAAAAAUGUCAUUUACCUCUGUGUAACAUUUCCAGCAAAGAUGAGAGUUGGACCCUCCUGCAUGGUUGUUUUCAUUCAUUCAUUCCAUGAUGUUUGUCUUGAUGGAUCAACUUCGUAGUUUCACACUGUGUAAGGAGUUUCUAAAAAAAAAUGAAAGAGUUUGGUGAGACAGCUAAUAAAGCAAUUUUACAUCUGGCAUCUAACAUGCAUGAAACUGAAUCCCAAACUAAUCACAGCAAUGAAACAUCAGCAGUGCCAACAUAUUUAUAAACUGAAAUCCCUGGGGGAGAAGAAAUUGAGAGGGAAGAGUUUGAUAGGGUUGUCAAACAGUUAAACGAUGAAAUUUCCAACCUAAAUCCAGCAACUCAACCACUCACAUCUUCCAACCUUAGCCAGAGUCACACUUACAACCAAACCACACCUUCAACCAAUAAGGCACCUCCUCACUGUAGACAAUGUCACCAUCCUGUUCAUGGACACAAGAGGCUUAACAAUGCACAGGUCAAAUGUUGUUUCUGUGAAAAUGGUACCUGCACAGUUAGUGAUGACAUCAGUAGCUCAAAUUGCCCUUGUUCAUGGCACACAGCAAACCAGCAUGAGAGUUAUCAGAGUACUUGCAACAACCAGUCAGCUUCAUUACCAACACCAGAUUCUCAAACCACUCUUGGCAGAAAUGUCACAAUUGCACAACAUCUUGACGUAACUGAGUGGCUACUGCCCUCAUACAUUUGCCAGUCCUCCAUUGGUGGAAGACCUAGUGGUAGUAAUACCUGCACUGUAAUUGCAGUACUUGCUGCACUUGAUUUUCUGGAAGGAACCCUUCAAAUUCCCAUGCAGUUACAAGACCUCAACAUUACUAUACCUAUGUAUACUAAUGUCAUGAUAAAAGGAAAUCAUUUAUAUGACUCUUUCAACCUGCCAGUUCAGCAACCAAAUUUGGAAGUCAGACAAGUCCUUCAGCAUGGAAAAAAUGAUAAACAUUUGAAGAAACUUGAAAUCACUUCAGACCUGGGUUUCUUUACUGUGAGAGACCUUGAAGACCACCUCACACAACACCAUCAUAUGCAUCCAUCAUUUGCAGCUGUAUUGAUUGUGCCACCAGACAAGUCAAUGGUACUCUGUUUCAAUCAGACAAGUAUUUGUCUUUUUGAAAGUCACACUCAUGGUCUCCAGGGGGGCAUUAUUGCCACCAGUUCCCCUGGAAAUGUCAGCCACUUUGUCAAAUAUCUAGAAAGGAUGGUUAUGCGAGACUGGAAGAAUGGAUUACAUGGAUCAAACAUAGCAGUUUUAAAGCUGAAAUAA